AUGUCUGCAUCCCGUGUUUGGCUCAUCACCGGCUCUUCUUCUGGCUUCGGCCGCGAGACCGUCAUUCAAGCUCUCGAAAGCGGCGACAAAGUCGUCGCGACGCUCCGCAAACCCGCCGCGCUCGACGACCUCACCAAGAAGUACUCCGCGGACCGCCUCCGUGUCGUCAAGCUCGACGUGACACAGCCGGCGGAUAUCGACGCCGCGUUCGUGGAAGCGAAAGCGGCGUUCGGGCGUGUCGACAUCGUCUUCAACAACGCCGGAUAUGUCGCCGUGGGCGAGAACGAGGCGUUCCCGGACGACGUCGCGCGCCCGCUGUUCGAGGUCAACUUUUGGGGCGCCGUGCACGUCUCGCAGCGCGCGGUGCGCUUCUUCCGCGAGGAGAACACGCCGCAGGGCGGGCUUCUGCUCCAGAACAGCGCCAUGGUCGGCCUGGCGGGUGUUCCUGUUAUCGGGUUUUAUUCCGCGACGAAGCAUGCUUUGGAAGGGUUCAGUGAGUCGCUUGCGAAGGAGCUUGACCCGGCAUGGAACAUCAAGGUCGCCAUCAUCGAGCCUGGCGCGUUCAGGACUUCUGUGUUCAAUCUCGAUACGAGCAUGGUGCUCGUGCCCCAGCACCCCGCCUACACCAACCCCGCACUGCCCGUGUACAACUUCCGCGGCGCGUUCCUCAAGGGAGCCGGCAAGGAGGCGGACACGCCCGCAGACCUCGCGCCGGCCGACACGUCCCUCGCGGUGGCGAAGAUUAUCGAGUUCUCGCGGGUGGCGAGCCCGCCGCUGCACUUCCCGCUGGGGAAGGACUCGAUCGGGCUGAUUCGGGAGAAGAUCAGGGCGCUGACGGAGGAGAUCGACAAGUACGAGUCCUGGUCUGACCACUUGGGCAAGUAG